AUGACGCGAGCGCAACAAUCGCUUUCCAUCAUCCUCCUCGUCACAUCGCUCUACCUCGCUCUUUAUCUCGGCCUCGUUCCUCUGAACGGCGUGGUCCAAGCACAACUCAUUCCAUACCUUCCUGCAUACGCGAUCAUGGCUCUUGGCUCAUAUUUACUCUUCCGGCUCGGUUGGGGCGUGUUUAGCUUCAACGACGUGCCGCACGCGCACAAGUCUUUGCAGGAGGAAAUAGUUACUGCGAGGAAUCAAUUACGGGCCGCAAAGGUGGAUGUCGAUUGA